GUUCAUCUCAUCUUCGGCUUCUGCUCCAUCCGUCGAUUUGCAUUCAAUAUUUUCUCAUCGCUUCUUUUUCCUUCCUAUUUCUCCCCUCACCUCUUUCCCCGCAACUUUCGCUGCAGGACUACCGAUAUAGUGCCCAUUUACUUCUUCCCCGCAUUGUCACAAUGCCCGUCGCAUCACUUUAUCCGUCGGUGGAGAUUCCGAACGUUGAUAUUUGGACAUUUCUAUUUGAGCGUCAAGACAGAGAGUUCCCAGACGAUAAAGUAAUAUACGAGGAUGCCGAUACAAAGCGAAUCUACACCUACCGAGGCGUCCGCGAUGCCGCACUGGUUUUCGGACAAGGUCUCAAAGCCAUGUUUGAUUGGCGGAAAGGAGAUGUCCUGGCUCUUUUUACACCGAACAGCAUCGAUACCCCGGCAAUAACGUGGGGAGCGCAUUGGGCCGGGGGAGUCGUCUCCCCGUCCAAUCCAGCAUACACAGCGGAGGAGUUGGCUUUCCAGCUGAGGAACUCGGGUGCUAAAGCCUUGGUGACACAAUACCACUUGCUCUCCGUCGCAGCAACGGCAGCAAAGGGAGCUGGAAUCCCUGCGGACCGGGUCAUUCUUAUCGGUGACGAGCGCGACCCGCAAGCAAAGUUCAAGCAUUUCACGUCUAUCCGCAACCUAUCCGGCGCAACGAGAUACCGCAAGACGAAGAUCGAUCCAUCAAGGGAUCUCGCUUUCCUGGUCUACUCCUCCGGUACCACGGGAGUCCCCAAAGGCGUGAUGCUCUCCCACCGCAACAUUAUUGCGAACAACCUUCAACUCUCAGCCGGCGAGGCCGGUAAUUUGACCUGGAAUGGUGUAGGCGGUCGGGGUGACCGUGUCCUUGCCUUUCUACCAUUCUUCCACAUCUAUGGUCUCACCUGCCUUGUCCACCAAACGCUCUACAAGGGCCUCCACCUAGUGGUCAUGCAGAAAUUCGACCUCGAGAGAUGGUGCGCCCACGUGCAGAACUACCGCAUCACAUUCAGCUACGUGGUGCCCCCAGUAGUCCUCCUGCUCGGCAAACACCCAAUCGUAGACAAAUACGACCUCUCCAGCCUCCGGAUGAUGAACUCGGGCGCCGCACCGCUGACCCAGGAACUGGUGGAAGCCGUCUACGCGCGCAUCAAAUGCGGGAUCAAGCAGGGCUACGGGCUCAGCGAGACCAGCCCAACGACGCACACGCAGCCGUGGGACGAAUGGCGGACGAGCAUCGGCGCCGUGGGCAAGCUCCUCCCGAACCUCGAAGCCAAGUACAUGACGAUACCGGAGGACGGUUCCGAGCCGCAGGAGGUGCCCGCCGGCGAAGUCGGCGAGCUGUACAUGCGCGGCCCCAACGUCUUCCUGGGCUACCACAACAACCCUGCCGCCACGGCGGACUGUCUCUCCCCGGAUGGGUGGUUCCGCACCGGGGACGUCGGCUACCAGGACAAGAAGGGCAGCUUCUACAUCACGGACCGCGUCAAGGAGCUGAUCAAGUACAAGGGCUUCCAGGUCGCGCCGGCCGAGCUGGAGGGCAUCCUCGUGGAUAACGAGGCCGUCGACGAUGUGGCCAUCAUUGGCAUCGAGAGCGAAGCCCAUGGCAGUGAGGUGCCCCUGGCGUAUGUGGUCAGGAGCGCCAAGAGCCUUGCCUCGGGCGUCUCGGCGGAGCAGGAAGCCGCAAAUAUCAUCAACUGGUUAAAUGCCAAGGUUGCGUACCAUAAGCGCUUGCGCGGUGGCGUUCGCUUUGUGGAGGAGAUCCCAAAGAGUGCAAGCGGGAAGAUCCUUCGGCGCUUGUUGAAGAAGCAGGCGAAAGAAGAGGGUAUCGGUGCCGGAGCCCCUGCACCUAAGGCGAAGCUGUGAGGGAAAUUGUUUAGCGUCCCGAACUCAUCUUCCGGUCGCUUGGAUGUCGGCGCGAAUUGGUAGGGAAUGUGUAAAUAGACUUAU